UAAAUAUAAAUAGCACCGAUCGAUCGAACCCCUUCCGCCUCGCUUUCUUUCUCUGUUUUUUUCAGUUUCAGUUUCAGUUUCAGCAAGAAACUGGAAAGUGAAAGUAAAGAGGAUAUUUCACCGCAAUCACAUUCCCCGAAAAGUCAGUUUUCAUAUUAACACCCAGAAUUAACAUUGUUUCAAGAAUCACCAUCACUUUCCAGUUUCCAGAUAUAGUACUCAUAUUGCCUUACAGUUUUCGCAGCAUUUUUACACACAAUUAGUUGGUCCACUGAUCUACCAGUUUAUCCAUCGACUCACUACAGGAUGCAGCCACGUCACGCUCGUCGAAGAUCAUUAGAGCUGCUGUGGCCUAGAGUUGUACUUCGUAAAUGGUUGAAUAUGUCGUCUAAGGAUUCCGAUUAUAGUGCCGAUACUGAUGUUGAAGAUAACGAUGACGACGACAACGACAAUUAUAACGGCAACGAUUUCAGUCCUCUACCUUCUGUCAAUGAAGAUGAAGACAACCUACCACGACUGAAAAGGCGAAACUCUGAAACUUUCAGGGCUCAGUAUAUACACACAAAGGAUAUCAGAGUAUGUGUUGGGACAUGGAAUGUCGGUGGAAAAUUUCCACCUAAUGACCUUGAUAUUGAGGAAUGGGUAAACGUCAAUGACCCAUCUGACAUAUACGUGCUAGGUCUCCAGGAAGUUGUACCACUGAAUGCUGGAAACAUUUUUGGUGCUGAAAAUAAAGCAGCAGCCUUGAAAUGGGAAAGUAUCAUUCGAGAGACACUUACUAGAGUUCCAGCUAAGAAGAGAUUUAAAAGUUACAGUGAUCCCCCUUCUCCAUCAAAGUUCAAGCCGUCAGAUGAUAUUCCUGAUAUAGAGGACGAGAUAUCACUUGGUUCUGAUAGUGAAGGGGAGGAGGAAGUGCAUCCUGUGGAUGAGGAGCCUAAUGGAUUCUAUGAAGUUAGAGACAAACUGGUGAGCAAUGAUGGGAUAUAUAAGGACCCUGAAGUUUCAAGAGGUGACGAGAUUCCUUAUUCAGAAGUUUGUAUGGAGAAGGAUUUGAUUAAGCAAACUAUAUCUCCAAACAGACUGCGAAGGUUACAGAGUUUUCUGUCAGGCCGUGUGAAUGAAGAUGAUGUAUUCGCCACUAAUCCAGUGACUUCAAAAUUAACUAAGACCCUAAGUGGAACAGAAAGGAUUGGUUUGUGCUGGCCUGAGCCACCCCUAGAUUUGUUUGCUCAACGUGUUUUGGAGAGACCAUUUAGCUGUAAGUCAGGAAAAUCUUUGAAGCUGAGUAAAUCAUUUAGGGCAUACAAUUCUUUCAAGAUAACGGGUAACAACAGGACAUUGUUAGAUGCUACUGCGCUUGCAGAACUUGAUCUCGAGUCACUUAUACGACGGAAAAGAAAACCAGAAUAUGUGAGGAUAGCAAGUAAGCAAAUGGUUGGAAUUUUCCUUACUAUAUGGGUUCGUAAGGACUUGCGUAAACAUAUACAGAACCUAAAGGUGUCUACUGUUGGUGUUGGUGUAAUGGGCUAUAUUGGUAACAAGGGAGCAGUUUCUAUCAGCAUGUCUAUAUAUCAGACUCUUUUCUGCUUUAUAUGUACUCACCUGACAUCUGGGGAAAAGGAAUGCGACCAACUAAAACGAAACGCUGACGUGAAUGAAAUUCACCGGAAGACAUUGUUUCGCACUGGUUCAGGUCUUGGAGUUCCUAAAAGCAUUUAUGAUCACGAAAGAAUAUUUUGGCUUGGUGAUUUGAAUUAUCGCAUCAACCUGUCAUAUGAUCAGACACGGAAGCUAAUAUCCCAAAAAGAGUGGUCUGAAUUGGUUGAAUAUGAUCAGCUUGCGAGAGAGUUCAGAAAAGGCCGUGUAUUUGAUGGAUGGUCUGAAGGUAUAUUAAAAUUUCCACCAACUUACAAAUAUGAGAUGAAUUCUGAUAAUUAUAUUGGAGAAGAUCCAAAAGUGGGGAGACGUACCCCAGCAUGGUGUGACCGCAUUCUCUCAUUUGGAAAAGGAUUUAAGCAACUUGAGUACAGAAGAUCUGAACUCACGCUGUCUGACCAUCGACCUGUCACUGCAACAUAUGAUGUUGAGGUUGAGGUGUUCUCUCCUAGAAAGUUACAGCGGGCCCUUACAUUUACUAAUGCAGAAGUGCAAAGUGAAGAGAUUGUGUUUGACCACAGAAUGAAUGCAGUAUUGACCCACUUGAGAUCGGAAGAGGACAUAACUAGCUGGGUACACUGACUUAGUGGCCGCGCUUGAACUGGAUUCUGUGACUUGGUCGUGUGUUUAUCAUUCGAUGAUUGUGUCCUCCGUUUGUGGUACACGACACGGGUACUUGUACAGUUGUUAACAAAUACGUAGGUAAGAGCAGAAGUUUGAGUGCAUCAUUUUUUUGCGACAGUAAACAUCAGAUCAAUCAGGAACUCCCAUUCAUUCAGAGGUUGAUAUAUUUGUACAUUGAUGAAACAACCUUAAAGAGACUUGGGUACUACACUGUAUUUUUUUUAGAACCCCAUAAAUUUGUUAUGUAUGACACUACAGUAAUUGUACUACACUAUGUCAUUAUAUGCUCUGUAACAGCUCAGUGUUUAACUGACAUUUGCUCAUGCAGUUGAAUGGAUUAUCCUAUAAUUGUGCAAUAAA